AUGGGUAGGAAAUUGCUUGAGUGGAGCAAGAAGCAUUUUGAUGACCUUGGUAUUAAAAUAGCUGAUGCCGAGUUUGCGUUGAAGGAGCUACAGCAGCAGCCCAUGUCUCGGGCAGAUUGUACCACUCGGAUUGAGCUUGAAAAAACCCUCGAUGAUCUCCAUAAUAAACAUGAAGCUUAUUGGUUUGUUCGUUCCAGAGUGUUGGAGGUCAAGGAUGGGGACCGAAAUACUAGCUAUUUUCACCAUAAAGCAUCUCAGAGAAAAAAGAAAAUCACAAUCGAUGACUUAUUUGAUGAUGAGGGAAAUUGGCAAGAUGAUGAGGAUAGGAUCGAGAAUGUAGUGUGUAAUUUUUACACACGAUUAUUUUCUUCACAUGGAGCUUCAAAUAGUGAGGUUUGGGAGGUUUUGCAGCAUGUAGACCUGGUUAUUGGGCAGGUCGGAUUUUGGCAUAUUGUUGGUGAUGAUGUCUAUAAUUUUGUUAGUAGUAUUUUACAUGGUCGUUUAUCUCCGGAGAGCAUAAAUAAUACUAACAUUGCCUUGAUCCCAAAAGUCAAAGAUCCAAAAACCAUGUCUGAGUUCCGUCUUAUUAGUUUGUGCAACGUUUUGCAUAAAAUUGUCUUGGAAGCUAUUGUCCUUAGAUUAAAAUCUAUUUUGCCGGGAAUUGUGACCGAGAACCAAAGUGCUUUUGUUCCUGGUUGUCUCAUUAUGGACAAUGCUUUAGUAACUCUGGAGCUAUUUCACACAAUGAAGAACAGAAGCAAAGGUAGGAAGGGCACCAUUGCGCUCAAGCUAGAUAUGAGCAAAGCCUAUGAUCGUGUUGAGUGGGGUUUUUUGCGGAAAUUGCUUCUAACCAUGGGUUUGAUGAAUAAAGUGCAGAUUGGAGAACUUCAUGGGGCAAAAGCAUCUAGGAGUGGUCCUGUUAUUUCUCACUUAUUGUUCGCAAAUGAUAGCCUCUUUUUUGCUAGAGCAAACAGAUGUGAAUGCGAAGCUAUAGUUGAUAUACUCAACAAAUAUGAAGUAGCAUCUGGUCGGAAAAUUAACUAUGAGAAGUCUGAAGUUUCUUUUAGCAGUGGGGUUAAGGCCGAGCAAAAAAGUCGACAAGUGUGGAGGCUAGUCCACCUGGAAAGCUCUCUAUUGGGUAGAGUUAUGAAGGCAAAAUAUUACCCAAAUAACUCUUUCCUCGACUCUUAUCUUAGUGUGGCAGGGAGUUUCUCAUGGAGAAGUAUAUGGAGCUCAAAAGCUCUCCUUAAGGAGGGCUUAAUCUGGCGCAUAGGAAAUGGCUCGAAGUUGAAUAUAUGGCGUGACCCUUGGAUUGCAGAUGCUGAAGGGAAGUAUGUGUUGAGUAAGGAAGUUGAGGGCUUGAAUACCGUGAGUGACCUGAUAGACUUUGAUGCACUAGUAGAAAAAUGUACAUUUGCGUCGCCAUAUUUGCGUCACUCAUUCUAA